AUGAUCAACGCCAUCCACCGAUUUUUCCAGCGGCCCACCCCAGUUAGGGUGCAUCCCAUCGGUCAUUUCACCGCUUACGGGGCUUUCAGCUCGGAGAACGGCAGCGGUCAUACACGCCAGACACCGACUUUCAACCGUCUUGACCACAGGACCGGAUCCUAUCUCGAAACCGAUAAACGUCAGCUCUCUCCCGCAUCUGCGGCCAGCUCAACGAUUGUCGUGCAGGCAGAACUGCCAGAGCGUACCUUCCUAUCGAAAAGAUCAUCAGCAGCACCUGCUGCAAGUCCUGAUCUAGAGUUCGCCCUCGGGGCUAAUGAGCUGUCCGUCGCUGAAAAGCGACCGGCAUCCCCGCUGCCUUCAAUUCCCAAGCGACAACGGCUAGCUACGUCACCGCAGGCGUCGCUCGACAGAUUCGACUCGAGACGCCUUGCACAUGACCAGCAUGUCAAAGAGGGCAUAAUUUACCAGGUCAUCAAAGCGGCAGCCGCCCUGUGCCCGAUUUCUGUGCGAGUCCUUGAUCCACUGCUGCUUAACGGACAAGAAUCACCGAAGGACCUUGUUGACGACCUAGCAGCAAACGCCGGUAGUAUUAUCCUGGCUCCCAUAAACCUCGACACUCAUACCCACUGGAUACUUGCCGUCAUAUCCGAGAACGUGGUCACUAUCUUUGACUCGAAAUCUGCCUCUACAGAUGAGGGCGCUGUCCGGAGGACGCUGGGGCAUCUGUUGCCACAUUUCGGCUGUGAUGCUGCUUUUGCCUUUCACCAGUGCCCAGAGCAGACGAAGGACGCCGACAGCGGUGUUGCGUCGAUAGUCAACGCCCUUCACAUCAUCAGUGGCCAACCGAUCCCAGCCAUUACUGACUACGGAAUUUGGCGACCUGUUCUCGCUGCCCUGGCCAACGGAGCGCAUCAUGGCUCACUCCUGUCUGACAUCAAGCUGCAGGCGCCGUCCGUUUCGACGGAGAGCAUCGCAAUACCGCCUAUGCUGCCGCCGACCAUGACUCCGGCUGACUACCAAUUCUGGCACAAGCAGCAGGCGACAUUCAUGGAAGACGUCGCCCGGGUCGUAAAAGAGCAACAUAACAAGAUGUGGUCAGAGGGAUUGCAGGUUGAAGCAGAAUUGAAUGGCAUGCGGGAUCUUCUGCAGUCCCUGUCCCGUGCUGGGACUCAGCAAUGGCGACCUCUCCUUGCUGUCUCUCCGCCGUCUGACGGCGACCUGGACGAAGUAGAUGAAGUAGAGAAAGAGGUGCUCCACUGUCAAUCCGCACUGGAGCAACUGGAAAGCUGCCGAAUCAGCGACACGUCGAUGACGCGGAAGCUACGUCUUCGAUUAACGACUCUGUCGGGUCUCCGAAGCCGUAGGGACACAAUCCGGGAGAGCGUUGCCUCACUCACAACGGUGGUAACGGGGGACCUAGCAAAGAUGAAGACACAUUUGGAGGAGCUCAAGGCCUGGGGUGAGGAGAUUGUCCCGUCGGCUGCUUAGUGAACCGGGAUUUUGAGUGCUAUUCUUGAGCGGGGCGUUAAAGCGACUUGAAAUUUGCUUUGUGGUCGCCGAAAUGAUUUCAACCCAGACAUUACACCAUUUUCUAUUCGGAAAGAAGGAGAUGGUGUUGGUACGGCACACCUGGGAUGUUGAGGGAGAGCUACGAAGAGAACUAUUAAUGUAAGCAGCUCGGAAAUGAUGAGGGCAGGUUUUCAGUGAAAGGGGAGACAACUACAUGUCUGAGACAUGGAUGUGCAUUCCUACCAGAAGGCGACGGUUAUAUUACAUCAGAGAGCACAUCGUCUCAGAUGGCAUUCUU